AAACACCCAUUUGCAUAUUUUGUCUGAAAAUAUUUGAAAAUGUUGUGAAUGGUAAUUAACUUAAAUUGGAAGAUGUUUGGUAGAAAGCAAAUAGCAAAGACUCCUCUAAUUUCUUUUGUUUCGUACAUAAAAUCAAUCAAAGCUUACAAUACUUUUAGAGAAAAAGAUUUUACCUUGUAAUUUACGUAAAUUAACAUUCUUUAAUCUUUAAUUAACAUUAAUUAAUUUUUUUCAGACAAAAAAUUGUAAUGGUACUACCGAGAAUAGAUAUUACUUAUGGGUGUUUUUGAGAAUUGUUUUGAGUUUGGUGUCACUGAGAAAGGAAGGUCCAUCUAAAAGUGUUUUCUUGCAAAUGUUUUAAACAAUUGAUUCCAAUUUGAUUAAAUUUAUUGUAGUUACGUAGUCUUACUCUCUCGUGUCCUCUACGUCGCUAAUAGGUUCUUCUUGUUAUUGGUGUUCUUUUUGGGUUUUCACGUUUCUAUGAAAUGAAUGAAAAUAGUUUUCAAAUGUGUAAAAUCUGAAAUACUUUUAGAGGCAACAAGCCAUCAACAUAUAAAGGCACAGUAAAAUGUGAUUGCGAAUAUUGACGAGAAAAAGGAAGAUCUAGUCAGAUGUAGGAAGUCAGAUCAUGAGGGCCAUGGAGGUGGUUUGAUGAAUCUAUGCUAGACUGCUGUGAACCUCUAGAAAAAGUUAAAUCUAAAGGAAUUUCCUUUGGGAAACUGACUUGUUUGGCUCACUGCGCUGGUGCAAAUGUUCAGGCUUUCCGCAGUCAUGAGAGUUCUAUUAAUGAGUUUAGGACUCACAUCAAGACAUGUUCCAUGUCAGAUCAGUGUCAUGUCAUCUCAUCCUACCAUAGAGGGGUUUUCAAACAGACUGGGUCUGGUCACUUCUCUCCUAUUGGUGGUUAUCAUGCUGGAAAGGACAUGGCAUUGGUCCUAGAUGUUGCACGUUUUAAAUAUCCCCCUCAUUGGGUCCCUUUAUCUCUUCUUUGGGAAGCCAUGGAUACAGUUGUGGAAGCAACUGAUGAGCACAGAGGGUACAUGCUAAUUUCGAGACAGCAGCAUGAGCCAGCACUUCUUUAUACGUUGAGCUGCAAGCAUGACAGCUGGACUAGUAUAGCAAAGUACUUGAUGGAGGAUGUACCUCUUCUCUUGAAGUCAGAAAAUGUGAAGGACAUUGAGGGGGCCAUCACUGUUGUUUGCAUGUCGUUACCUUCUAACUUCAGGGACUUUAUUAUGUGGGUGGCUGAAAUUCGAAGGCAUGAAGAUGAUGGUCAAAGUCUAAGUCCGGAGGAGAUGAGAAGGCUUGCGAUGAAGGAGAAGCUACUCAAACAAGUUCAGGAGACAGGUCUCUAUAAACAAGUGACUAAAUUUCUAUCUUCAACACAUAUGUGCUCCAAAAAUGGCUUCAUGUUGGGUCAUGAGAAAAAAUUAUCUGAUGUUGCUGCAGCUGUUUGUUGUGAGGGAGCAGAGCUAUUAACUGGUCAGCAUGGCUCUUCUGCUGGAUUUUGUUGUGAGAAAACAUGUGUGAAACAGAUAAGGGGUGAUGGUGGCAAGCCCAUAACUCUUGUCUCUGGAACAGUGAAAGAUGGCUUAAGUAAGCAUGGACUGCAAAUCUUGGUCCCCAUAACUCAACAGCAAUCUAAUUGCUGCUUUGAUCCAAGUGAUUGUUCUGGAAUGCACCCUGCUGGAAAUGAUGUUCUGACUGUACUUUUGCUUGCACUGCCAAUGCAAACAUGGUCUGGUUUGAAGGAUAAAGUACUUGUGCAAGAAUUGACACGCUUGGUUUCAGCUGAACAUCUUCCUACUUUACUGAAGGAGGAGGUAUUGCACUUGCGACGUCAGCUCAUUCUACUCAAGAGAUCUCAAGAUAAUGAGGUGGAUGACGAUCUUAGUGCACCUCUCUUGUAAUGUACAAUCUUCUCUCUGCUCAAUAUUAUUAAAUUUGUUAUGACUCAUUAAGUGGUCUUCAUGUACAAGUUUUAAAGAUUGAAAAUACAGGUAGCUUGAAAGAAGAGUGCUCACGGAAACAUUGUCAAGUUUUAUUUACGAUGCAGACAUGACAGUGAAAAAGCCAUGCACACCAGUUUUCUGUAUUUUUAGUGGAAUGAAUCCAUCUUCUUAGAGGGACACUCUUCUGAGUCCAGACUGUACGUUGUACUUUCUUAACCUAUGCCUUGGUGAGGCAAAGUAUUAGAUCAAAGAGGGCAACUGGGCAACAAUCGUUGAUGUGAAUUAGCCUUCGCACGCUACGAGGAUAACUACUCUGCUCUUCCUCCCUGUUGUCCUUGACUUUUUCUCUUUGAUUGAGUUCGAGUACAUUUGAACCCUUCAUGCUAGGAUUGAAAAAGGGCCACCAUCGGUACUUGGUCUGAAAUAAGGAAGGCAAAUAUUGAUCUCUCCCCAUCAUUGGUUUAUGCCCUCUUUAUAUAAAAACCAACAAAAGCAAUUUAAAAUCGCAACUAGGGGUAUCAACGAAUCGAGAUCAAGCCUGGGGUCGCUCGCUCGACUUGUAACACUUUUACUUGAAUUUGACCAUUGAGCUUUUUCGAGCUUAAAUUUUCUAAUUCAAUUUACCUUAAAAUAUAA